UAUGACAGCCUGACAAUCCCCACAUCACCGCUCCCAAACCCAACGGUCAUCUUCUUUUUUUAAAUUAACAUAAACCCUAAUCUUAUAAAACUCCACCGUUUCUCUGUCUCUUUUAAUUAAUAAUGAAGAUCAUUGUCUAACAACUCAUUUCCUUAAACACCCAGAAGAAGGAUAUCUGUAAAUCUCUUAUGGGUUGUUUUCUUGGUUGUUUCGGUUCUUCGAAGGACCGAAAACGACGAAAGCAGCGGCACAAGACGGUUCGUAGAGAUCAAAACCCUAAAAGUCAAAAUCUUGUGCAAGAUGAUGCAUCAUUGGUACAAUGCAUCAAGGAUAAGCCCUCUAAUUCACUGCCAGAGUUAAGAGAGAUUGAGGAGCCAUUGAGUUUGAGCAGCAGGAAGAAAGUGACAUUUGAUGCAAAUGCCACAACCUAUGAGCAUGUUCAAGAAGUGUUUGAUAGUACCGAAUCUUUAUUGGAAAGAAACGAAAAAGGCGAAACCUCUCCUAAAUCGGGUCAACCCCAUUCUAGACCCGAUUCGCGGGAGGAUUCAGAUGUCAAGAAUGUCGGAUCUUAUCCACCGAAUUACAGGUACGGGAAUUGCGUCGAAAGUGAUGAUGAAGUUGAAGAUUCAGAUUACGAGGAUGGAAAUGACGACGAUUUAGAUAAUGGAGAAGGAGAAGAUUAUGACAUUGAAGACAGAAUAAUAUGUAAAGACGUAUGGUGUGAGUCGAUUCCGGUUCCAGUUCCAUCAUUAGAAUCAGGAACCGAGUCAUCUUUGAACCCGGUGUUGAAGCCUGUUGAAAAUCUUACACAAUGGAAAGCUUUGAGAUCAAAAGGAACGAUAACAAAAGAAACGAUAACACAUUCACCGAGUCGAUUGAGUUCAAAUCCACAAAAGGAGAAUUCUUCAUUGAAUCAAGAAAUUGCAGUCGAUGCUAGUCUGUCGAAUUGGAUAGUUUCUUCAGAGAAAAACACGCCAAAUAACAAACGGGUCGGAUACUAUAACCCUGAUCUUGAGCCCGUUUCCUCCGGUAAAAGUUUUUCUCAAGAGUCACCAACAUUAAAGAGCAUUGAAGAUAGACCGAUUUUAGGAGCGUUGACUAUAGAUGAGUUGAAACAGUUUUCAGGGUCAUCUUGUACACCAAGAAAGUCACCGGGCCGAAGCCCGGAUGAUAUGCCUAUAAUUGGUAGUGUCGGGAGCCACUGGAGUCACACGGGCUCAGCCCAAUCUUUGAGCUCAGCGUCAUCGUAUAAAGGCAUACCGAAUACCACCAGCAAGUAUAGAGAGGAUAAGAAGGUGAAUUGGCAUAACACACCAUUUGAAACAAGACUGGAGAGAGCUUUGAACAGAGAUGCUGCUGAGUGAUGAGCCUAGAAGUGUUUGCUCUAUUUCCAUAUGUAUUUAUUUAUUUUUUUUUUUACUUUUUGUGAGAUUUGAGUUUGCACAGUUUAUAAGGGUUGGUUUAUUGUAAUCCUUUAUUGGUUUUUGGUGGUA